AAGGUGACCUUCGCCGAGGUGUGCCUGGAGGGAGAACGCAGAGACCCAAGUCAGCUGCAGCAGGUUCCUUGUCUGCACGAGGGAAGGGGGCCCACAACCUUCAGGAAACAUGAGAAGGACCAUGACAUCAGUGCCUCUGCUGGUCUUCCUUAGCAUGGCAGCCCACCUCCUGCAGCCCACCCUCUGCUUGAGAGUCAGCGCUUUCAACAUAAGAACCUUUGGAGACAGCAAGCUGUCCAAUGAGACCGUCACAGACUUCAUCGUCAGCAUUCUGUUCUUGUAUGACAUCACCCUCAUCCAGGAGGUCCGAGAUGCCGACCUGAGCGCAGUGAAAAAGCUGAUGAACCGACUGAACCAGGCGUCACCAUAUCCAUACAGCUAUGUGGUCAGCAAGCCUUUGGGUCGCAACAGCUACAAGGAGCAAUACCUCUUCGUUUACAGGGCGGACGACGUCUUUCUCCUGGACAGCUACUAUUAUGACGACGGCUGUGAGCCCUGCGGGAACGACACCUUCAGUCGGGAGCCCUUCAUUGUGAAAUUUGCGGCACCUCAGACGAAGGUGGGGGAAGUGAUCCUGGUUCCUCUGCACGCCGCUCCCGACGAAGCAGUGGCCGAGAUGGAUGCCCUCUACGACGUCUUCCUGGAUGUGAGAGAUAAGUGGGGGACAGAUGACAUGCUAUUCCUGGGGGACUUCAAUGCUGGCUGCUCCUACGUCCGGCCUGAGGACUGGCCCCGCAUCCGCCUGCGCACCAACAGUGCCUUCCAGUGGCUCAUCCCAGACACAGCAGACACCACUGUGACCAACACCUACUGUGCCUAUGACAGGAUUGUGGCAACCGGCCCUAGACUCAGAAGCGCCAUCCUGCCCGGCUCAGCCAAAGUCAACGACUUCCAGCAGACCUUCAACCUGCAACAGAAGGAUGCCUUGGCUGUUAGUGACCAUUUCCCCGUGGAAGUGACACUGAAACCUCUCGGCGUUUCCUCCAGCCCCGUGCAGCAUCACCCCCAACGUAGACCCCUGAGGGGGCUGCAGAGCUCUGCCCUCCGGCUGCAGGGGUAGAAAACAGGCGGAUUCCAAGGCCACGCUUUAGUUUUGGCCCUUGGACGACCAGGACGCCAGGCUCCAAGCGGUCCUUUCUGUGGCACGUGAAAUCAAAGCACUCUUCAAAACAAAAGAGGAUUAAUUCCGCCCAAAUGUUCCCCCUGCUGCUGUGAAUGAUGAUGCUAAAGACGAACUGCCAAAUUGCCAAAUAACAUGGGUUGUGUGACAAAUGGAAACCCAGCGAGAUGUCAGACCUUUGCAAGCUGAGUCCGUCUUGUCCACUCUGGUCCUGCCAAGCCCUUGCUCCGCCUUUUGCAAUCUGCUGCCCUCCAGUUUCUCUAUGGACUACAACUCCCAUCAGGCCCCUGCCAGCACAGCCAUGUUAGGAGGGGCUGUUGGGAGUUGCGGUUCCAAGCGCCUGGAGGACUGCCACUGUUUGCAAAGGCCGAGGAAGACCACCAGAAGCUGGGCUGGGCAGUUGUAGCUGCCAGCUGUGGGUUCCUUCAGCGCCAGGGCUGGAUGGGCACUCUGAGAGACCCCAAACACUGAAACGAUGAGGGUGCUGCCCACUCCCAUAUGUAAUUCAAAAUAAAAACAGUACUGAACCGUAAAACAAAACUGUAUCGGUCAUGUUUCAUCCUGCCUCUUCUCUCAGUUAUCUGAACGUUGAAAAAC